AUGAUAUGUCGUAGUUCUUAUAUUGGGACAACUGCGUCCUGCGGCCGCUUAGAAACGUCCGUCGCUCACGAUGUGGCUGUGACAACUGCGUCCUGCAGCCGCUUAGAAACGUCCAUCGCUCACGAUGUGGCUGUGACAACUGCGUCCUGCAGCCGCUUAGAAACGUCCAUAGCUCACGAUGUGGCUGUGACAACUGCGUCCUAUGGCCGCUUAGAAACAUCCGUUGCUCACGAUGUGGCUGUAACAACUGCGUCCUGCAGCCGCUUAGAAACGUCCAUCGCUCACGAUGUGGCUGUGACAACUGCGUCCUGCAGCCGCUUAGAAACGUCCAUCGCUCACGAUGUGGCUGUAACAACUGCGUCCUGCAGCCGCUUAGAAACGUCCAUCGCUCACGAUGUGGCUGUGACAACUGCGUCCUGCAGCCGCUUAGAAACGUCCAUCGCUCACGAUGUGGCUGUGACAACUGCGUCCUGUAGCCGCUCAGAAACGUCCAUCGCUCACAAUAUGGCUGUGACAACUGCGUCCUGCAGCCGCUUAGAAACGUCCGUCGCUCACGAUGUGGCUGUGGCAACUGCGUCCUGCAGCCACUUAGAAACGUCCAUCGCUCACGAUAUGGCUGUGACAACUGCGUCCUGUAGCCGCUUAGAAACGUCCGUCGCUCAUGAUGUGGCUGUGACAACUGCGUCCUGCAGCCGCUUAGAAACGUCCAUAGCUCACGAUGUGGCUGUGACAACUGCGUCCUACAGCCGCUUAGAAACGUCCAUCGCUCACGAUGUGGCUGUGACAACUGCGUCCUGUGGCCGCUUAGAAACGUCCGUCGCUCAUGAUGUGGCUGUGACAACUGCGUCCUGCAGCCGCUUAGAAACGUCCAUCGCUCACGAUGUGGCUGUGACAACUGCGUCCUGCAGCCGCUUAGAAACGUCCAUCGCUCACGAUGUGGCUGUGACAACUGCGUCCUGUGGCCGCUUAGAAAUGUCCGUCGCUCAUGAUGUGGCUGUGACAACUGCGUCCUGCAGCCGCUUAGAAACGUCCAUCGCUCACGAUGUGGCUUUAACAACUGCGUCCUGCAGCCGCUUAGAAACGGGCAAGGGGCAAGAGGGAGUCAAUAAUGUACGAUAA